AAACUGGGAACUGGAAUGCUGUCGGAUUUCAACUCGGUUGAAAGAGCUUCGCUGUUCAACCGGGGAUCAGGACUACUGGUCAAUACCCAACAUGUAAACGGGAAGUUUGCGUGUGUGUUCGACGUGUUCCGGUACCCGUUCGACGUACACCGUUGCGAGCUGCUGGUGCGACUCGGCUUCUCGUCUGAGCGACUUGUGACGUUCACUAACGACAGCCUCUCGCUCAUUUACACCGGCGCUAACAAACUGAAAGAAUUCAACGUGCAGAACAUGACAGCAAUUGCAUCAAGCGUGAAUUUUAGGAACUCUUCAAACACCGAGCUAAAGGUAACCAUAAUCCUGGAACGAAUUCCAGGCAUGGUUAUGAUGAACAUCCUCCUACCCAGCUUCAUGCUGAGCAUUAUUGGGUACUCUACUUUGUACAUACGACUGGAACUGUUACAAGUGCGUUUGCCAGUAGCUUUGACGACGAUGCUGGUUUUGUACACGCUAUUUAAUCAAGUAUCAACUACCUUGCCUACCACAGCAUACAUAAAGAUGAUAGAUAUUUGGUUUUUGACAAUUAUAUCUCUUAUUUUCGUGAUGAGCAUAACCCACGUGGUUGUCGACUGGAUGAAGUUCCGUGCGUUCAAAGACAAUGUGGCAAAAGUUUCAGUACGUCUGAACACAAAAGUGGAACUAGAAACAAAUGCGGAAAAAGGUCUUCGUAUUACCCGCUGUGCCAUCGUUCCUUUGAUUUUCCUCUCCUUGAAUGUAGGUUUUUGGGCUGCUUUCUUUCUUUAGCUUGUAAAAUGAAUUUGUUGUAAUUAUUUGAACUUAAUCAUUUAAGUAUUGUGAGAGGAGAAGCUAUGUGAUGAGCCAAGAUUUGAAGUUUUAUAGAAAUAAUUCUCAAUGAACGUUCUAUUAACAACAUUGAAAUAAUUUUUCUCAUCGAACUCCUAGAAAGUCUUGAUUGGUACAGUUGUUUUAAGAUGCUGAGAGUCGCGCAUAGAAGUUGAUUAUGUCAAUGGCGAUUUUGUUGCACGUUUUUGUUGCAUGGCUCUUGAGCCUUGAAUAUCGUUUAUUAUAACAUUAGUUGUAAAUGUGAGAGUUUUAAAUUAUUGAUUCACAUAUAAUGCAGUAAAGUGUUGUGUCUACGCAAAAUCUAAAUUAUGUGGACAUCAAAUAAGACGAGGAAGAAUAUGAACACAAAUGUUUUAAAUCAUUCCAUAAGCUUUAGCUUGGAACGAUGCUGGGGGACUACCUCUCUAUCAU